ACGCACCACAUGGGACACUGUUGAUAUGGUCUUAAACGCCUUCCUGCUUCACAUGAAUGUCUCCGGACGUGUUUUAACCGUCUGCUGGUUGACUGGUCGCGGUUCAGUCACGACAAAUGACAGGCUCUCCCAGUUACGGAGCUCUGCCAUCGCACCAGUCCGGCGGCUUCCUCCCCCCCUCGUCUCUCCACCUUCACCACCGGAUUUCUUCGACGGUUCCCGGCUGUGCUGUGAGGGAAGCGUGCUCUGCGGAGAAGCAUGUGAUGACUCACGCCAGGCAGAAGGGUUCCCUCGGGCAGAGCGACGGCAGCGCCGAGUGGUGGGACAACUCCCCCCUUUGGCCACAUGGUGGCAAUAUGGGCGACGCCUGGCCUGAGCGCUCGCUGCGGUUCGGGAGGACCAAGAAGAUAAGCGAGAUCAUCAAAAGGAAAGACAUGGCCAAGAAGGUGAACGACAAAAGAGGGCGGACGGAAAAAUCAGAUCAGCACAGAAAACUCGACCGGAGGCGCGAAAAGAAGCGUGACAGAUUGUAUCCUCUGCGCGGGAGGGCCGGGAUUUCAGAUGGGGAGGGGCUCAGCUGUCACGUCCUGCUUACGCGAUUGGAGGAAAGCAUCCGUGCACAGAGUUCUGAAGAAAGAGUGCAAAAGGACGAACGCCGACAUUUAUCUCUCAAACCCAGAAAAGGGAAAAGCAGUGAAAGAAAAGAGGCAUUACCAAAAACCAAAUCAAAGUCAAGCAGCCCAAGUCACGUCCCACAACCUCGUAAGCGCAGACUGGCCUCGCUCAACGCGGAGGCGGUGAACAGUCUGCUGUUUGAAAGAGCUUCUGACCCUCCGGCGGCAGCUAAACAGGCCCGCAGACAGGAAGAGCCCACAAACGGAGGGGUACCUCUGGACGCUAAUCCGACCAGGAGCGGCGUCCCUGGAGGUCUGAAGGCUUCCCGAGGAAACAUCAGUAAAUCCUCCGCGUCUCACAAACUUGAACUGUGCCAAAGCUCAAAGCAGGUCAAGAAGGCCCGAGCCAGCCGGGCAGAGAGCGGCGGGAUGAGUCAUGAGAGUCUGGACGCCCCCGCUCCCAGACGACUGGCGGGACUCAACGCUGCCGCCCUGCUGAAGUUAACCAGCUCCUCUGCUACCAGUAAACAGAGAGUGAAACCCACGGCGACCGUCACGUCGGACUGCAAGGCUCCUGUCGCAACCCCAAAACACUCCAGAGUCAAAGACAAAGGGCAUUCACAGAAGCAGAAGAAAAAGGUCGCUCCGCUGCACAGCGGCUGCAACGCCUGCAGGAAGAAGGCGGACUUCGAGGCCAAAGUGGAGUGGGAGACCGGCAGCUGCACCCAUCGACUCACCAAACCGGGAUACCAGUCGCGCAGCAUGCUGGCGUAUCCGCUAAAGCAAGUGAAGGAGGAGCAGCUGGAGACCGAACUGAGCCCGUAUUACUGCUGCCCCCCGGAGGGCUCGGUGGAGUACUGCCACCGUCUCGCCUUCUUCCUCGGCCAGCAACCGUACGGAGAAUCCGACGAUCAGCAGCUCGGCUCAGCCAUGCCUCCUGUGAAGCGCGAGUGCCUCGUAACCUCACCGUCUCUGACGCAUUCCCACCCGCACACGGCUCUGACCCUCAGCCCCCACCCCUGCCUCUGCACCGCCGACCACUGCUUCUCCAGCUACUACGUCCACAUCGCCCACCCGACACACACUGGAACAACGUCAGCGGGCCUGGCCUCGCGACCUCUGAACUUUGCCCCGCCCAGUUUAUGCCCCAGUCGGAUGACUGGUUCCAAGCUGCUGGACCCGAGGGUGUCCCACGGCUCGGGGUUGGCCCACGCCGCCUACUGUAACUCGGUGGCGUCGCCCUGUUACGGCGACGCCUGCGGGAUCAGCGGUUACACCUACAGAGCGAUGCCUCCAGUCACCAGCAGGGGGUGUUCGUUCAGCACUGGAUGCACUGGAUGCACACACAGCAUCAAAACAGAGGGUUAUUCCUCCCCUCAGGGUGACCACAGCCCCUCCCUCCUGGUCCCCCCGUCCCUGCCCAUCUCCAGCUGUCCUCUCUCCAGCGUCCCCACCUCCACGCAGACUAAACCCCACCUGCUGACCCCUCUGUCGGGGCGGGACCAGCCUCAGGCCCGGUUAAAGCUGGCCACCGAGUGCCCGCAGAGCAACGAGCCCUCCAACGGCUCCCUGUCCAUCGGCCGCACUCGGCUGCCGCAGAAACAGCCGUCGCUGCUGCCGAGCCUCAGCGGCACCAAACAGAAGAGAGUGAGCCGCAGACGCGCCACCAACGGCUGGCGGCCCGUUGGGAUGCCCACUGAGAGGGAGGUGUUCAUCGCGGGAGAGGAUGAGACGGCCCUGCGGCAGUGUUAUGAAGGAGUGGAGAGGGACGGAGAAGUGAUACACGUCAGAGACACUGUGCUGCUGCGAUCAGGCCCCAGGAAGAAAUCCCUCCCAUAUGUUGCCAAGAUAUCAGCGCUGUGGGAGGACCCCAAAACUGGAGAGCUGAUGAUGAGCCUUUUCUGGUACUACCGACCCGAGCACACACAGGGAGGCCGAGAUCCCAGCACACACUGUGAGAAUGAGAUUUUCGCCUCUCGGCAUCAGGAUGAAAAUAGUGUGGCCUGCAUAGAAGACAGAUGCUACGUUCUCCCACUAGCCCAGUACUGUAGAUAUUGUGCCUUGGUGAAGCGGCGUGCCGAAGGCGCCCCACCCGGCAGCGCCAGCAUGGUGCCCUGCCGCCCCGACUUCGCCCCCCCUUCCCACCGCUGUGUGCCCACAGACGUCGACCCCGAGCUGGUGUACCUCUGCCGGCACGUCUACGACUUCCGCUACGGACGCAUCCUGAAGAACCUGCAGUAGAGGGUAGACGGGAGUGUCGCUGCCGGGAAUUAAUCAUAACAUGGCGCCCCCUCCUGCACAGGGCGGGGGGGGGGACUGAACACCCCUGUCUUUUCUACUGGGGACGCUCACGAUCAGAGGGAAGGGGGAUGAUGGGCUGGUUUUUGAGGAGGGACAGAUGAAGCAAAAAGUUAUGAAGCACAGAUCCCUUUAGAUGACUGCAGCGGGGAUACGAUGCGACAGAUGAAUCCAUGUCAGUCAGAGCACCAAUAUUUCCUGGUUUGGAAGAGCGAGGAAUUCAUUCGUCAGCUUGGAUUUUUUCAGCUACAGUCUGAGGUGACGCGGAGGCUUGUGUGCGUCCUCCCUCCCCUCGCCUGCCAGGAAUGCUGAACACCAGGCUGAACUGGGCGGCUGUCAGGACCGCGUUUCCCCCAAAGCGUCUUAGCACAACAAUCAUGUUUGUUCCAUUUGUAAGCCAGUGGCUCAGGAAUGGUCCGGCGCUAAGGUGCUUCUGGGGGAACACAAGCCUGCACUGUCAGCUCGAUGUUAACGGUGUUCAACCAGCCGGGGUGAAGGAGCAGCUAAUGGAGAGUGUCGUCUUAUUUCUCCUGAUUUGAGUUUGUCUCGGUUGUGUGUGUUUUUGUGUGCGAGAGAGUGGGAGAGCGAGUGUUGUCAGUGUGGAUAAAUGGAUAAAUGUGUGAUGGUUUUUUAGGAGGCUUUCAGGCAAUCAAACCAAACAAGCAGCUUUAGGGGAAGCGGUGCUCUCUUCGCCCGUCCUCUCUCCUUUGUGCCACAGCGCACUGACACUGACAGAAACAUUUUCAUCUCGAGUGACGCUCUGCGCAAACUAAAAUACUGUACCUGAGGCGGGGUCUGUGAGACGGACCCGUCCUCACCAAACUCUAGAGCUGGGCUUCGAUUACUCUUCGUCAGGACACUAAAAAUGGCUCUAAAUUGAUUAUAUCAGUGAAGACACACACAUGACUAAAGCCCCAGUGGAUUUUCAAACUAACUUUAUUCACAGCCACAGUCCUGGUUUAAAGAAACCCGGUUCUAGAGAGGCUCUUAAUGGUCCAAUAGAGAACGCUCUUACUGAGGAGCCGAUUCGCUCCUGAGCCCUGUGAAGGUUAUCAAGUCGAGGGCCAUCGUUUGUUGUUUUUCUUUGUUUUCCCUCAUAUUUUCCCUGUGACUUGCCUUAUGACUUGCAGGUAGAGCUUUAGGCAGCUAGUCUCACCACACACAGAACAGGCGUACUGUAACUCCAAGAAAAAGGUUGGACGGACUGACUGACGGCUACAACAUGAACACUGGACAAAAUGCUCCAGUUUAGGGCUGCAACUGAUGGUUGCUUUCAUUAUCAGUGAAUUGUUUUGUUAGUGUCAUAAAAAAAAUUGAAAAACUAGGAGCAGCGAAUGUUGGCAUUUUUUUGCUUAAAAGGGACAGUUCACCCCAAUUAAAAAUACAUAUUUUCCUCUUACCUAUAGUGCUGCUUACUAGACUAGGUAGUGUUGGUGUGAGUUGAGUAGAGAUAUCUGCCUUCUCUUCAAAAUAAUGGAAUUAUAUGGCGCUCAGCUUGUGGUGCUCAAAAAUAACAUUAAGACAAAAUACUGCUUGUAAAUCACGCGUUCUUUUGCGCGGUGAAAUGGUUGGUGGGUGUAGUUUUGUAGAAGGAAAAUAGUUCCUGCAUGAAGGUACAAGGUAGAUUUAUUAGUCUUUUUUUAAGUUUAAAAAAUGAAAUCAUAAUUUGUUCUUGA